UAUCUAUUUUCACGACUUCAUGUUUGUUGAUGUCUUUAUGAUUAAUUUUUUGUGUUUAAGGAUUAGUUUGGAUAUUGAUUGAAUAACACAUUUGGAUUAAUUAGUAAGAAAUUUAGGUCUACUAAUUUUGCUGGUGCCUUACUAGGCUUAAGCUAAUUAUUUUUGUCAUUCUCUUUUCUGAUGGAUCCGUGUAUAGAAAGACAAUUUUCUGAGUUAGUAAAUGUUUUGAAUUAAACUGUUCGUUUCCAAUUAAGACUUGCACUUACAGCAGAGUAUGUUUGUGAGAGUUAGUAGGUAGCCAGCCAGACCCUUUCAUUACUUUUUCAUUUGUUUUUCGUGAGGUUGAUUCUCCUAACUCAAAUCUGAGCCUUCUCACCAGGGACUAAGGGCCCUUGGGGCAAUCCAACCAAGGUAUGCCGUGUAGUGUUGUGGAUUGUAGUUUCUGCACUUAUAAACACUGAGUGCUUUUAUUUUAUUUUGCGGGUUGAGUUUAAGUACUUGGUCCAAAGAGCUUGGUCCCGAGUGGCAUGUCCAUUUAAGAGGAUUUGGAUUUGAUUUUCUAGCUGCCAAAGAUAAUUAUUACUCCAUGUUAUAAUUUUCUUCUUUACAGAAUCCCAGUUGCACCUUUAUCCUUUUCUUUACAUCUUUAAGGUGUUGUGGAUCUUUAAGAUGUUCCAGAUGUGAACUGGGUAAGGCACAAACAGUAGAUUUGGUUGUAGGCAAUCAAUAACAGACGGGCGUUAGUUUUUGGAAGAUUUUGGCAUAGAGUGCUUGCACUUAUUGAGAAAUGGGUAGGGUUAGAUUUGAGGUUCAGUUUCAUGGGCAGCAGUCCAGUUAAUAGGCUAGUUUUAGCAAGACUAGUUUGAGAUUGCCAGGAUUGAUUAGGAGUUGUCAGACACGGAAAUCUGGAGAAGGCCUAUGCGAAAUUACCGAGGGACUAGGGUCAAGGGUGGACAUCUUGUACCUAUACUAGUGGAAGCAUCUGGAAAAAGGGUUGUUAAUUGUUUAUCUUGUAUCGGGAGACUGGGGUAUGAUAAAUGAACACAAGGCUAUUUUACUUUCAACAGACUUGCUAACUCUGAUUCCUAUAGAUUGGGCUCAUCAAUAUGUUGCUCCAUGGCAUGUUAUAAACCCUUUUCAGCCUUACUUUGAAGUCAAAUUCAGCAUUAUUUUAGUUUGGACUCUGGUUUUAUGAACUUAUUGCGUUAUAGGAUGAUAAAGGGCACUUUCUAUGUUUCCAAAAAAGUUAGAGUUUCACUUUCCAACACAAUUUUAUUUGGAUGUGGAGCAUACUGCACUUCAUCUUCUUUAAAAAUUAUGGUAGCAUUAUUAAAAUCCUUCGUUCAAAAUCCUUGUCUUCCAGUAAUAUAUGUGAAAACCUUCCUCUGUUUGUUAUGUUUGAACAUAUUAUAUAUAGUAAUGGGGUUUGAGCUCCUUUAUUACUAAUUAAAUACGGUGUUGUUUGGUUUACCCGUGCAUGUGACCAAGAUUCCAUCGUCUGCUAAUCACAUGGCUAAGAACAGUCAUUAUAACUUCUUAUUAAUUUUGAAUUGAAUUCCUCUCCUUGGAUUGGUAGAGCUUUUUUUUCCCAAUUGAAGUAUUAUGUCUGCAAAGUAUUGGGAAAAAAGAUAGGUUGUUAGCCCUGAUUCAACGGAUGCUAGGCAAGUCUCAUGCCGUGAAACUAAACUUCUUUCUCCAUAUUUUUAAAUUGCAUCACUCAUGCUUUCCAAUUUUACAUUUUCUUAUCGAUCUUCCAAUCAGAUGAUAGAUCGUUAUUGGAUUGCUUUCUUUGUGGCGCUUUCACUUCUUGUUGGAGCAUUUGAUGCUAGUGCUGGCUAUUUUAAUCCUAUUUACAGUUACAAGUACCAAGAAAAAGAAAGAAAGGUUACGAUCACAUCCACUGGACACUCCAGGUUACUGAAGUUCUUAGCUCUUGUUUUGCAUGAAGAUAUUUAAGAAGGCUGCCACAAAUGCAUAUCCUGGUAAGGUAAUGAGAUGCAAUCAAAAAAUGUGCUUGUAUGCAAAUCUCUUAAUGCUUGUUGGCAACUCGUUAUAUGGGUUAGGUCAUUAUAUUGCAAAAAAGGUGUGAAAAAUGACAUGAAAUGGUUGUUAUUAGCCUGAACAUGUGUUUUGCCCUCGAACUAGUACCAUCAAUAGUUCUGCUCCUAGAAUUCUUUUUGUUAAUGUUUUUCCUUCUCAGAUCACUUCAAUAUUCUCUUUUUUUUUACAGAUGUUCUUAAUAGGUUUUAAAGUUUAAUACUUAUUUUGUUAGCUAUAUGAGCAAUGGGUGUUUAUUAUUGGGUGUUUAAUACUACUUCAUGUUUAUCCUUGAAAGGUAACAUGCAUUCCAGUGGGUGCAACUGAACUUUGUAGACUUAGAGAAAACCAUGGUAGAAAAUUAAUGAUAUGAAGAAUGCUUGGGGCCAACUCCAUUCCUGUGACACAGCUAUUUUAUAAGACAUCUUUGGAAAUCACUUCUACCACUCCCGAGGGGUGUACGACUGUUGAAAAAUUGAAAUGAAAACUUUCUUUGUGUUGUGUACAUAUGGUUGAGUUAUGUGAUGAUAGAUAACCUCAUUACUCUUAUGCUUCUAUUUUGUACUUAUUGGCUGCUUCUGUUUGUUGUUAUUUGCGAUCAGUGCUGCAUUGAUGCUACUCUGAAUAUGACUGUAUUUGUGGACUCCCUUUUAUGCAUAUCAUAUGUAUGCCUGAUUAUUUGGUUGCUCCAUAGUGUUGAUUAUGGCCAUAUCAGUCUUACUGUUAGUAAGUUAUAUGCACGGUACAAUACCUACUUUAUUCUUUUAUGCUAAUAGGUGCACCAUGGCUCCUACUAAGGAUGGAUAGCGUGAGUUUGCGUAGCAAACAAAUGUCAACACCAAAUUAGGACAUGCCUGGCCCCGAAAUACUGUUAGAGCUGGUAUGGUCCAAGUGUGUUCUGCUUCAUAUCUCUUUCAAGUUGGAAAGUGAGUCACAGAAGCUAUAUAGGUUGAAGAAAAAAAUGGAGAGGCAGCUUCACCACACUUCUGAUGGUUCGGCAAUCAUAACAAACACACCACCACAACCCCAAGAUGGCAAAACAAUGGUCAUGGCACAAAUCCACCCCUGCUGGUUUAUGGGUUGAUAAAGAAGUGCUGUUGUGACUUUUUGCUGAAGAUAUAGGCAUGAUCUUGCUAGUGUGAUGGCUAUCAUUAUUGCUUGGUUGGUUGAAGCCUUUUUGUUGAUACUAAUGGGAUGGAUAGAUUUUGGAAGGAUUGUUUUGGUUGAAGCCUUUUUGUUAAUAUUUUGGUGUAAGAUUUGAACUCCACUUUUGGGAUACAUGGAUGUUUUGGAAAGCUUUUUUGUUGAUAUUUGGUGACAAGGUUUGUACUAGAUAGAAAUGUUGGAAGGACAUUUAGUAUAUUGAAUUUCUUUUGUAAUGGUAAUCUCUUUGAUGUUUGGAGACAUUUUACUGGUUUUGUAUACAAUAUUGUGAAAUAUAUUGCCAAGGAAGUAAUUGGAGCUGCCA